CCAUUGAGUUGUCAAGGGGGUGUCUAUGAGAUUGUCGUGAAAUUGGAUGACAUGAGCGGAGGUAACAAGAAAAUGAUCUGUUUGUGAAACAAAGUUUUCUUACUUAAUGCAACAGGUUUGUUAUAGUUAAAUUAGUGACUUUAAAAUCGUGGAUUUCAUUAUUGACACGGCUGUAUAUGUGGGCAAUGUCCACAUCUAAAGCAAUAUCUGCUUUCCAAAUUUGUACAUAAAAAUCAGCUGAUUGGUGUCAGAUAUUUAUUUUGGGUUUUUCAAAAUAGUAUUUAGCAUUUUGAAAAACCACCAUCUAACAUGGCUUGACUACAUGCAUUUAACAUUUUCCCACUAGUUACACGCCUAAAGGUUUCUAGGUCACAUCCUUUCUACUGACUGUUCCCUAGGAUUGACAGACACAAAAGACUUUGCUUUUUAGGAUAUUUCUACAUUCGUUAUUUCAUUAUCUUUAAUGUUCCAAUAAUUCAAAGGAUAUUUUAGCGCAAUGGACGGUAUACAAUGUUCCCAAUUUACCUUUUACAAUGAUUUUGAUUCUGCAAACCUGUCAAGGGUUGAGUUCGUUUCACAUAGUGAGUCUGUGAAACCAAGCUCAAGUAGCAAAGUCAGUGCUGUUGAAAUUCCCGAUGCAGAAUUUAAUCUUUGGACCAAACCAGAUUGCUAUGGAACGGAAUUUGAAAAUGGCAAUAGAACAUGGUUUUAUUUCGGAAUUAAAGCUCCAAGACCUGGCUUACUAGUAAGACUUAACUUAGUGGACUUGAACAGACAAGGAAAAAUGUAUAGUCAAGGAAUGGCCCCUGUAUAUAAAAUUAUACCCGGAAGGCCGAAAUGGGAACGGAUUCAAGACAAACCUAUAUACAAUACCAAUGAGGAUAUUUUCACUUUAUCCUUCAAAUUUCGAGCGCCAGAAAAUCCGGAAAGUUGUACAUAUUUCGCAUUCACAUAUCCAUUUUCGUAUAGUGAUUUACAAAAAAUGCUCACCAACAUAGAUACCAAGUAUAUUUCGAUUCAGCCCAUCGCAGAAGAUGACAUUUAUUAUGUGCGUGAAACUGCCUGUCUAUCAUUGGAAGGCAGAAAUAUCGAUCUGAUCACACUGACCUCCUAUCACGGAAUAACGAUGGAACGAGAAGAUAGAUUGAAAAAUCUAUUUCCUUCAAAAAACGUUCCACGACCACAUAAGUUUAUUGGAAAAAAGGUGAUAUUCAUAUCUGCAAGAGUGCAUCCUGGUGAAACUCCUUCCUCAUUUGUGUUCAAUGGCGUUCUCAAUUUCCUGCUCAGUAGAGAUGAUCUGCAGGCUCAAAUAUUACGGAAGCAUUACGUGUUUAAACUCAUACCAUUUUUAAAUCCCGACGGAGUAGCCAAUGGUCAUUAUAGAACCGAUACUAGAGGCGUUAACUUAAAUAGAGUCUAUUUAAACCCGAGUUUCACUGAACAUCCUUCCGUCUAUGCAGCGCGCUCUUUAAUCAGAUAUCACCACUUUGGAUUUGAAAAGGAAGACAAAAUUCCAAAAUGCGAAAUGUGUGAAAAGAACCCUAACAGCAAUCAGGCUCAUACUUGUGAAACAGACAACGUGAACAAAUUGUCCAAUAUGACACUAAACGAAGAAUGUGGGGAAAAUAAUAGCGUGCAUUGGUGCACGAAAUGUAAGGCGAGCAUCAUAAAAUUAGAGCCAACAAUGCCGGGAAUAUCUAGCUUAGUACCAACGUUUAACCCUCCAUCGCAUUCUCUAGGGCACAAUUUUUGCCGUCAGUGUGGAUGCAAGUUAAUUCACACUGAAAGUAAGGAAGAAGUGAAUUUUGAGACUGUGACUGAGGAUCAUCAUGGAGAUGUGAAUUCUAAUGAAUCGGGACUAUUUAUUUAUUUGGAUUUACAUGGCCAUGCAUCUAAGAAGGGCAUUUUUAUGUAUGGCAAUCACUUCGAUGACUUAGAACGCAGAGUCGAAUGCAUGCUGCUACCUAAACUUAUGGGAUUGAAUGACCAUCAUUUCCAUUUUCAAGGCUGCAAUUUUACCGAAAGAAAUAUGUAUCUCAGGGAUAAACGUGAUGGAAUGAGCAGAGCAGGAUCAGGCCGAGUAGCUGUACUAUCAUGUACAGGUAUUAUUCGAAGUUACACCCUCGAAUGUAAUUAUAAUACCGGGCGACUUGUUAACGUGUUACCUCCAACUGUAAAAGAAGCUUCAGGUAAAGUUCAUACCUUGCCGGUUCCUCCGAAAUAUACACCGCAAUUAUUUGAAGAGGUUGGAAAGUCACUAGGCGCUUCAAUUCUGGACCUGACUGGUCAUAAUCCAUUUUCUCGUUUGCCUAAUUCGGAAUUUCACAAUUUAAGUGGACUGAGAGAUUGGUUGCGCAAUAGUUGCAGCACAAAUAAUUUUGGAGACUCACGCCCUAAGUUAUCCAGAAUGCGCGUAACUUCUGGCUCUCAUACACAGGGGAAAACCCGAAGUGGUGUUGCCCAGCGAAGCCGACCGCCCAUCAGAAAGUCAGUGAAGCAAUUGAACAAAUCGAGAACUUCUGUCCCAGUUGAACGUAAGGAGAAUUUAGUGCACCCCGUGCUAAGUCAACCCAGCUGCUCUAAAUCGUCGGUGAGAUUGAAUAGACCUUUUAAAGCAAAGAGCAGGAAAGAAUUGUCGUUGAAGACUAAAAAUGCUGCUAUCGAUAAGUUGGUCAAACCUUCAAGUGUUAAAAGCAAGAAAGUAGUACCAACUCCGCUAGCAACACAGAAAACCAAACUAGAUCAUAAUACACAAACGCCUGAAAAUGGAAACGAGGAUGACGACUUGCAUCUGAGGGAAAUUUGCUUUAUUAAGAACCAGGAAGGAAAAACUAUGAUUGCGAAGUACAAAAACAAAGAAAGCGAAGAGUUUGAUGAUAGUUUGGUGGUGUCUUGGGACGCGCCAACAUCGAAAGCCACUGUAUUUACACACAAAUCGAGAAUAUUGUCCGCGCCUCACUUAAUACACAACAAAUCGCCCUCCGAGCCUGGCACAAGUAAACAAGCCAUGUUUCGCAUUCAUAAUUUUGCCAAAAACACACUAAAGUCCAAAUUUAAAAAACAAACACUCCGGCGAUUGGUAAGUGCCACAGAACUGGGAAAACCGGAAAGAAAGAAAAAGAAAAAAUCGCGUAUUAAGUAAAGGACUUAAAAGUUUUUAUCGCCUAUUUGGAACCUUAAUAUUCAGCGUCAAAUUCUUUGUUUUCACUUACAUUUUUUAAUACUAUUAAUCAAAACGAAUAUUUUGCUACUGGUACAAGCCAAUAACGUGUUGUCUAAACAAAAGUUUGAUAAUUUUUUUGUUAAAGAAACUAUAAGCCGAGUAAAGCUCGGACAUUACACACAUUUUCCACCGAUCCAUUACAAGUUAUUUAGCUCUUGGAAAAUCAAUUAGAUGAAAACACUGGAGAAUUCGAGAUACAGAGCUCACUUAAAUGUAUUGGCAAAAUGUUUUAUGUUGCAAAAUAUAUCUACGCUAACAGCUGAACGAUUCAUGCAAUUUAUUAAUCCGCACGGAUGGUUCUUGGUUUGGUUAAUGAUGGCUAUUUAAUAUUAAACUUAAUUUUUCAGUCAGAAUGUACGAUAAUAGUGAGUCUUACUCGUAGAGUAGCUGGUGCAGUUAGUGUGACCAAUUUAACCAUAUACUACACUUAGUGUUAUUAAACUACACAAUUAGAUGUGUAAUUAGUCCGAAAAGGUCUGUAAUAACUUGAAAUUUUAGCAUGCUACUUGCAUCUGCAGCUUAAUCAUCAGCAUCUAAAGUACGUUAGCAAUUAAUUUUGAAAAAGUCUUUAUCGUAUAAUUGCUAGAAAGCCUUUAAUGGCAUAAGCAGAUAAUACGUUAUUCAUGUUCGGCAGUUGCAUAUAAUUUUCGAGCAUAUAGUAUUUAUUCCGUCGCUUCACUAAGUGUACUAUAACUUCAAGUCAGGUCGUUAGAAAACAGGAGUGAUAUGAUUUGUGAUUUAAAAAAAAUUGUUUAUUUCGCCUAUUUCAGUUGAAAAAUAAAAAUGCAUAUAUUAUAUUAA